GUUCCCCCAGAUAAUAUUAAAAUAAUCAAAGAUAUUUUGGAGAGCAACAAUAUCAGUAGAGAAUCACUUUUGAAUUAUGUAAGAGUUUUGACACUGUCACCAACCACAGUGAAAUUGAGAUUUGAAGAAAUUGAAGCAAUCCCAGAGUUGAAAGUUUUGAAAACACAUCCUAGAAUAUUGUGCUUGAUUGGUCAUCAUAACAGAGCCCGUUCCAGGUUGUCAUUCUUGAAAGAUAUGAAGUUAAACUGUGCAAAUUUAGGGAUAUUGGGUGACCACUCAGUUAGUUUUGAUGCUCAUAUCAAGGAAGGAGUUGAUGAGAACUCGAUAAUGGCUUUAAAACGAUUUAUGCAAUCGAUUUUAAAAAGAGAUUACAGAGAAUUUGAAAAAGACCUGAAAAGGCAUCCAUUUUACUUAAAAGUACCUUUUCUACAAAUACAAGAAACGUUACAGUAUUUGGAAGAAAGAAACUAUGAAAUCCCUACAAUAUUAAAAGCCAUUCAAAUAUUACUUUAUCCCAAAGAAACGAUUAUAAAAACUUUUAAAAAUAUGGACAGUAAUUUAGAAAUAAAAUUAGCACGUCUUACUGACUUACAGAAAUUAAAUUUAGCACUCUAUCUUAUGGAGAAAAGACAUCACUUUACUGGAAAUGGUAUUUGGAAGAACAGUUAAUACAUACUUCGUUUGUAUUUAUAUUUUAUUAUUAAAUCAUGAUGAUGAUAAGCAA